GUUUCGUUUGCCCAAAAGCGGCAGGGGGGCAGUGCCAUGGAGUUAGAAGAGGAGCCAAACCACCUCUCUCAUGGACACGAACCUCUGCCUGACGAAGACGGCGCCGAAGUCGAGAGCUUGAGAGAAGAGUCAUUUAUGCAGAGCAUUGAUAGUCAAACUGCUGCUUCUCAAUCUGUUUUGCCUGGAGCAGAGUGGAACUUGAUGAUUGCCGGAGCCUUUGCGCAAUACAGAAACACGAACGAGAGCUUAAAACUACCUUGGGAGACUGGAGCUAUGGGCAGUGUGUUCAAACCUUCCGUUAGUCCAGUGCUGCCUGGUGCAAAUGCCCUAGUGGAGAACUCAGAAGUACGUGGCCCCGCAGUCGACAGAGUUGAGCAACCAUCGAGUGUGGACCUCAGUGUUCAGCUAGAUGCAUGCUACAUGGAAGCUAUUACUUGUACACAAGACUUGGAUUACUUCACGAGCAAACGCAUUGCUACAGAGAAAGCUUGUGGAAUUUGGUUGGAUCUGAUCGCCUGUAAUUGGAACGCAACAAAAAUUGGAGCCCAGAUUUGCAGUGAUCUUUGUGGGGACCCUAGUGGUGAAAGUGCUAUUGAAACAUUGAAGGCGUGUUUUGGCACCAAGAGUCCAAAUACUUUGUUGAAGCGUGCUUCAUCAUUGAAGAGAUUCUUCCAGUGGCAUUCCGGGUAUUGUAGAGAAAGAGAUGCUCACUUUGAGCCAAUUCCCCUGGCUGAAGAUGAUGUCUGGAAAUAUUUUCACUAUUUGCGAGCUGACCGUGUAGCAGAAGGGCGAGGCUACACUACGCCUGGAUCCUUCCUUGAAACAGUGAGGUUCACCAAAUUCACAGUUGGGUUGAAAGGUGCUGAAGAUGUCCUGGAGUCAGGGAGGCUGAUGGGUUUUGCAGCACUUGAACGACGUGAGAAAGGACCAACCCGCCAGGCACCCCCAAUGGAAGUUGAACAUCUUCGUAGGCUACGUGACAUUUUGGCAAGUGAUGCAAACCUGACUGACAGGCUAGGUGCUGGCACUUUCCUUGACGUUGAGAUUGAGGCCCUUUGUUGCCCGCGCCAAAGAUUGGAGGAGGUUUUGGAGCAAGGCCGUUGAGUACACCGGAGGCCUCAGCAUGGCUCAAACUCUUGCUUAGAGGAACAAGAAAUUCGGAGACUUUCCGCUCGCAUUCAUUGAAAGGUACCUUGUUGAGCUGGUGCGCACGCUCGGGUAUGGAUCGUGAGGUCAGGGCCGUGCUAGGACACCAUUGUUCGUCCUUGACCGGGAGCGAUGUUGUUUACGCCAGAGAUCUUCAGACCAGGCCUAUUCGGAAACUGCAAAUGCUGUUAAAGAACAUCCGGCUUGGAAUGAGUUUUGAGGACAUUGCAGAGCACGAUUGAUUUCGACCACCCCAUGUGUUCUGCCACCGAGGCCAUGUGCUUAUACCCCGCCUUUGUUGCAAGGACCUCCUGUGCUCGAAAAAGAAGCUCUGCCAGCUCAUGUCGAUGAAGUUGAUGGUGCUGCAGAGAUCAUGAAUCUCGAGGAGGACCUGAGGAGUGUGAAAGAAGAACAUGACCUUGAGAGAGAAAAUUUGUCACUGGCUGAACAGCUAAGUCUUUUCCCAUUGGGUAUGGUCAAUGGAGGCCUCAUUGAAAUCGAGUCUUCGAGCGGCAGUGAUUCAGAGUCAAGCUCUGACACUAGCGAUGAAGAGCCUGGGGCACGAAGUCGAGAGCCAGAGAGCUAUGUUGAGCGAGUGCCAAACGGGCAAACCUAUGUGCGAAACACCAAGAGUGGCCUGGUGCACAGCGCUAAGACUUCAGAGAGAUCACAAAAUGUGGAAUCAAGAUUGCAGGACAUUUUGCUGUGCUAGAAAAGUUCAUUCAUGUCAAGAUGCCAAAAUGCCUGAAUUGUUUCCCAAAGGAUCCUGACAGGAUUCGCAAGCUAGAUGACCUAGUGGCACACUUGGACUUGGCGUUUAAGCGGGCAAGGGACAAGAACAAGGAGUAGGCGUUCCGCCUUGAGAAAAAUUGCGGAGAGCCGCGAGUCAGAGCAUUGCUCUGGGAGAAUCUUGUUUGAAGAGAGGAGAUGAGCGUUGCUCAUGUGCAAGUUGCAACAAGUUUUUUCUUUGGAGCGAAGGCUCAAGGAAUAGAGUGUGCCAUUGGCACUUAAGCAAAAGAGAAUGCUUUGCAAAGAAACAUGAGCAUAUCUUUGAUAUGAGGUGUACAAAAGAAAACGCAAACGCCAAACCGACGCUGUGUCUGAUACGGUAAACUUACUUGCUUGGUGAAAGGCCCAAAAUUUCCUUUCAAAA